ACUGCCGCUUUCUGGAGGAGCCUCCGCAGCGAGCCUGAAGACAUGCAGCUGCCUGCAAACACGCUCCCCGUUUCUCCAGCUCGUAAACCAGGCGUGAAUAGAUUGAGUGGAAUUACGUUUAAAGGUUCUUGCGAGAAGAAGAGAUUCACUUGCACCAGCCUCAGCAAGAAUAUUUCGGAGUUUCCUGCAUUAAAGGACUAUUUGCCAGUAAACUACGAUUAUCACGUCUGCGAUUUCGACCUCAUCAGAGAGACGGAUGAUCACGUUGACUUUAAGGCAAGUUUUCGGAUGGUCUUGUCAUCCAAAGAUGAAAUUCAGCUGUGGCUGAAAUCGCACAGAGUCGGCUGGAGGGUGGACCGAACAUAUGCCACUAAGGGACAGAAAGUUAUUUUUAAGGUGGACUACAGGUGCCAGCAUAAAACAAGACCCCGCGGGCCCGUGAAAGUGCCUGGCCAGAGCAAAAACACAGACUGUCCAGCUAAAAUGAGCGUGACGCUGCUUCGCACUCAAGUGAGCAGAGGCAGGCAGAGUCUAAGCGCAGAUUCUCACCUGCCCAUCUUUCCUACAAUGGUGAGCAUUUGCAAUGACCACAACCACAACAUUGACGUGCCCGAGUCACUUUUGGAAGCACCGCCUCCAGCCUCGGCUGUGGCGCAGUUCGAUUUUGAGGAGGAUCGUGGGGGCGGUUAUGUCAUCGCCACCACAGCUAACGGAGCAUUCUGCCCAACUCUUGAUCACUGCUACAUCUGGCCGGAAGAACCAGAAAUGGAGGUGGUACUUGUCGAUGUGCAAGAGGAUGCUUCAGAGGAAGCCUUGCAUCAAGCGGCAGCAUUAGAAUUCGAAGCCAUGUGCCAGAAGCUGUCAGCUAUGGUCAAGAACGAGAAGUCCCUUGCAGCCUCAGCCGCGGCCGCGGUAAAAGCCUUUCAAAAAAUUCACAACAAUCCAUCAAAGAUCGCCACAGCCCUGCAAAUGUUUGCCCGCGACCCAAACGCCAGCUUGACAUCAGGGCGGUCCGGAGCCAGAUGCAAGGUAAGCUUGGGUGGAAGACAGGGCCUCGCUGCUGGACACUCUGGCGAGGUCACCACGGGACUUAACCACAGACACAGUCAGUCAUGCAAAAGGCUCAAAAGAUCAGCUGUCAAAAGGAAAACAGACACUCCAACUACGGGUGACUAAGGAGUGUGGAAAGUUUGUGUAUAUACAACUUUUUUUAAUUGGUUUUGUGGACUGUUUUUAUUGUGCACAAAUGUGAUACAUCCGUGUCUCUUUUGGUAAUUGGAUAUUACAUUAGGAAACAGAUACUAAAAAUGUAAAAGAAACUACUCAUUUCAUUUUUGUUUUAAAAUGGAAAUAAAGCUUGCUUUUCUCGUUUGUUGUCUGGAACGUAAGAGGUAAGGAAAGGUUGUAUUACUGUUUAAUUUUCCAUUUGUAUUUCUGAAAUGAAAAUAGAAUAGAGCAA